AUGGAGUCUGAGAUCAAUCUGUCCAGGUUAACUCUUGAAGAACAACUUUCAAGCAAGGACCUGUUCUUGGAGAGCCCACAUGCACACAGCAACUUCUGCAAGUCUGGAACACUAGUGAACCUUGUAUAUAGUCUGACAGUCCCAGUAAAAGUUACUGUCAUUCAUGCAUCCACCGCCACCUUUCCUUCAUCCCUAAAUGUGAAUGAAUGUCCUUCAAUUCUUUGUUGUUUUCUGUUUGUUUGUUUUGUGUGUGUGUCUUCCAGUUCCAAGGAGGGUUUUGGGUCAGUGGAGAAGGUUGUGCUGCUCACGUUCCUCUCGGCGGUUAUCCUGAUGGCCAUCUUGGGGAACCUGCUGGUGAUGGUGGCUGUGUGCAGGGACAGGCAGCUUAGGAAGAUAAAAACCAAUUAUUUCAUUGUAUCUCUUGCCUUUGCGGAUCUGCUGGUCUCCGUGCUGGUGAUGCCCUUUGGCGCUAUCGAGCUGGUUCAAGACAUCUGGAUUUACGGGGAGAUGUUUUGCCUGGUCAGGACAUCACUAGAUGUGCUGCUCACCACGGCGUCGAUUUUUCACCUGUGCUGCAUUUCUCUGGAUAGGUACUAUGCCAUCUGCUGCCAGCCCUUGGUCUACAGGAACAAGAUGACCCCUCUGCGCAUUGCAUUGAUGCUGGGUGGCUGCUGGGUCAUCCCCAUGUUUAUCUCUUUUCUCCCCAUCAUGCAAGGCUGGAAUAACAUUGGCAUCAUCGAUCUGAUAGAAAAGAGGAAGUUCAACCAUAACUCUAACUCUACAUACUGCAUCUUCAUGGUCAACAAGCCCUAUGCCAUCACCUGCUCUGUGGUAGCCUUCUACAUUCCUUUUCUCCUUAUGGUGCUGGCCUAUUAUCGCAUCUAUGUCACGGCAAAGGAGCAUGCCCACCAGAUCCAGAUGUUACAGCGGGCAGGAGCCCCCUCCCAGGGCAGACCCCAGCCAGCAGACCAGCACAGCAGCCACCGCAUGAGGACAGAGACCAAGGCAGCCAAGACCCUCUGCAUCAUCAUGGGCUGUUUCUGCCUCUGUUGGGCACCAUUCUUUGUCACCAACAUUGUGGAUCCUUUCAUAGACUACACUGUACCUGGGCAGGUGUGGACUGCUUUCCUCUGGCUCGGUUACAUCAAUUCUGGGUUGAACCCCUUUCUCUACGCCUUCUUGAAUAAGUCCUUCAGACGUGCCUUCCUCAUCAUCCUCUGCUGUGAUGAUGAGCGCUACCGAAGACCUUCCAUUUUGGGCCAGACUGUCCCCUGUUCAACCACAACUAUUAAUGGAUCCACACAUGUGCUAAGGGAUGCAGUGGAGUGUGGUGGCCAUUGGGAGAGUCAUUGCCACCCCCCAGCAACUUCUCCUUUGGUGGCUGCCCAGCCCAGUGACACUUAG